AUGCGGGGCUGGUGCGCGCGCUGGAGCGGCGGCGGACGCGCCCGCCUCCGUUGGCUGGCAGCGCUGCUCUGCUGGGCCGCCCUCGCCGCGGUGGCACUGCCGCGCCUCCAGGCGCCGCCCACGCCGCGCCCCGCCGCCCCUGCGCCCCCCGCGAGGCUCCUCCUCCAGUCAGAGGCGGCUGCCUCCACCCCAGCGGUCGUCACGCAACCCCUCCCCGCCACAGACACCAGAGUGCUAACAGAGGACGAGCUAAGGGCGGACGCCGAGCGCAGGCUCCCCUCCCUACCGCUGGCUUACUGGCACCGACACAAAGACGACAAGAACAAGUUCUACAAGAAGAAGGACUGCGCCCCCUUCCCGUCGAUAUACGACCUCGAGUUCCACAACACGUACUGGCAGACGCUGCGCGCUAGCAACGGCGUGUUCCACCUGUACGGCGCAUACAUGGACGCGAGGAACACGUCGCGUAUAGGGCCCGCGGUGCGCGUGCUCGCCGUGCACGACCGCAUCAAGCCGACGCUGGCGACGCACUGCCAGCUCUGGUUCGAGGAGCGCGAGGCGCCCGUGGUGGUGCGCAACCUCGAGUACAAGUACGUGUGGAACAGCAAGUGGGGCAACUACCGCGACCACGUGCUGCAGCCGUACCUGCUCGCGUGCGUGCUGCCCGCCGAGGAGUUCGCCGUCUGCGUGAAGGGCCUCGACUUCCUCCACGAGGACCUCUCCGUCCGCCUCGUCGAGUGGAUCGAGAUGGUGCGCAUACUCGGCGCCGACAAGAUAUUCUUCUACGAGCUGCAGGUGCACCCGAACAUAACGAAGGUGCUCGACUACUACAAGGGCGUGGGGGCGGUGGAGGUGACGCCGAUCACGCUGCCCGGCGGCCAGCCGAACCUGCCCGGGCUGCAGCACAUGUAUCUGAAGAAGAAGACGACGCACAAGCGGCAGAUGGAGCUGAUACCGUACAACGACUGCCUCUACCGGCACAUGUACGAGUACAGGUGGCUCGCGCUGCUGGACAUUGACGAGGUGAUCGUGCCGCUGGAGGACGAGGACUGGAGCGGGCUGAUGAGGCGCAUCCUGCCGCUAUCGGUGCCGGCAGCCGGGAAGCCGGCACGCUCGUCCUACCACGCUUCGAACCUCUACUUCCUGGACUCGCUGCGGCACGAGCACGGCUGGGAGGAGGGCGUGCCGCGCUACAUGCACAUGCUGCAGCACGUGUACCGCACGCGCAACUUCACGAAGCCCGGCCAGUACGUGAAGGCGUUCCACGAGACCGACCGGGUGCUCGCGUUGCACAACCACUUCCCGCUCGCGUGCCUCGGCGGCGCGUGCUCUUCAUACGCAAUGGAGACCCGCCACGCGCGCCUGCAGCACUACCGCGCCGACUGCGUCACCGCCCUAAGCAAAUCCUGCGCCGAGCUGAGGGCGCAGCCCGUCCGCGACACAGCGCUGUGGCGCUGGAGGGGGCCGCUACAGGAGCGCGCCGAGAGGGCGCUGAGGGACUUGACCUUCCUCCCCCCGCACCGG